UGAGCUUAGUGCCGGCCGGGUCAUAAUACAUCGGGGUUGCUCCUUUGGUGACCAUUUGAGUUGAGUCGUCCUAGCGAGAGGAGCUCGAGCGAGAUACUACACAUCAAGGUCUUGCUCUUGGAAUAUUUCUAGCGGGACUCAAUAGAGUCUAGAGACUUUAUAAAAUAUGGGGAAGCCGGACGAAGGACAUGUUAAGAGGCCAAUGAACGCAUUUAUGGUUUGGAGUCGUGGUAAACGAAAACAGUACGCCGUACGAGACCCAAGAAUGCACAAUUCUGAGAUUAGCAAGAGGUUAGGAGCAGAGUGGAAAAUGCUAACACCAGAAGAGAAGGAACCUUUCAUAGCUGAGGCAAAACGAUUACAAGCCGUGCACAUUCAAGAGCAUCCCGACUACAAGUACAAACCCAAACGACGUAAGCAGAAAUCACAGCAGAAGAAGGACUUAACAACGCCGGUGUUUGGCGCACCGUACGCGACUUCAAUGAUGGCCGUUGAUAAAUUCUCAGCGAAUCAAUUGCCACAAACAAUAGCUCAUUCAGUGGCUUUGUCCUCUGAUCCAAUGUAUACGAAAAUGAAUGGUGGUUCACCAUUUCAUCAUUCGGUUACACCAGGCUAUCCAGUUAUUUACCCCAAUGUUUCUACCGGUGGUUCUGUUCACUCCGUAUCAUCUUCGCGCCAAAUAUUCGCCGACUCGACACACACGCACUCGUUUCGCGCUAGCGAUAUGAUGUCGGGCCGGCCAAUCUAUGGAAGCCAGAUUUACCAAGGUCCUAUCCAUUCUCAAGUACAGCACCGAAUCUCUGCAGUCGACGACAGCCGCAGCUUGAAAGGAUCUCCUAAUGGCAAUCCUAGUCCUCCAGUUUCAAGUCCAGACCCUGUUUCCAAGCAUAAUGGUGGCUACUCUACAUCAGAGCUGAGCAGCCAGAGAGUUUGGCAGCCGCAGCAAGACCUACCAAGAGCAGUCACCUAUGUUCCGAUCCAUGAGGUCAAGGUUGAAAGGAGGUACUAGCUAAGAUCGCCACCCCCAUGCCAUAAAAUGAAAAUGCAGAACUCUAAGUCUUCUCAAGUCAAUAUAUAUCGAUCGCUGUAACGUAAGCUCUUCCGCACAAAAACCAAAGACACAUUUAAAUUCAUGUAACCUAUGUAAACAGCGAUAAAAAUACACGAUUUUUGUCGUUACUUUGACAACUUUCAUAAAGAAAGGCCAUAAAAUUGGGGACGUUCAAUUCAACUUGCAGUGACGAACUAUAUUUUAAGUUUUGUAAGUUCAGUCGACUGUAUGUCCUUGAAAAUGAACCAAAAACCUCCGUAUUCAAAAAAGCUUAGUCCUUUCCCCUAAAGACCCGUCGCUAUCGUAUUGGAAUUUACUACUAAGAAUAUAUUGUAUAAUUUAGGAUAAAUAUAUUUAUUUUGUUGUCUGAUUUUCUUGAAAAUAGUUGCUUUUAUUAUUAUCCAAGGAAUUGAAAAUUUAAGUAAUGUCGGCAUUUUCAUUCAUGAAAUAUUUACUAAGCUUUGAAACUUUUUCGUACUUUUUUAAUGAUCUAAGAAGAGCUUAAAUUAAGUUCUUCUAGAGGGGAAUAAAGAAUUGGAAGUCGGUUUUGCUGGUUUCCGGUUGAGUUUAGCUAUCUCGACUGUAAAAAAUCGUAGGAUAAGAUAGCACACAUUUAUUUGACAAACAACGAACUCUGUUAUCUAUAGCUAGUUCAAAAGAAAUAUAGAUUUGACAAGCAUGCAUGCAUAGAUAGAUAUUAUAUUUAUAUUGUAGAACAAAGAGAGAAUCAAAAGCUGACAUGAAAAUACAAACUUCCUUUGCCUGACACAUGUUAGAUUCUAAAUAUUUACCAAAAUUAAUUCAUAAUUGAAAACUUUUGUUUAUUUUUCGGGGAUUUUCAAUCCUUGACGUCAUAGUGAAUCUCGUUAAACACCUAUCGGCUAUAGACUAUUAAAAAAAUGCUUCUUCUCUUAUCCUAAACUUCUUGGUUUAUCGUCUACAAGAUUCUACAAAAUAUAUGAAUAUUACAAUUCAGUCGACUUCUUUUAUUUUUGCUUUGUGUUUUUUUGGCAUCUUAUUUGGCACUUCCUUUCGAUUUCUUUUGUCAGCUUCCUCCAACCGUCAAGCUUCUCUUUUAAGAUUUCAGUUUGACUUAGCUUAGUUUAGUUUAGCAAAUUCUUUCGUAACUUAUACUUACUUUGAGAGUUUUUAAAAUUAUUCGCAAACGUCAAAACCAAGCCAAGCUAAAUCAAUGGAUCUGUUAAUAUUUCAUGUGAAAAUUUUUGGACAACCAAAUACCUGUGGUCACUUACAGACACAAACGUGGGAAAUAUAGCGUAAACUCUUAUUCUAUUUUAUUGUAAAGAUUCUUUCAGAACGGUAAAACUGUACAUUUAUUACCGACAAAGAAAACAAUAAAAAUACAUGGAAGUCAA